ACGGCUGCGGCUGACCUAGUCCACGAUUUUCUAUCGAUGUUCAUGUCUCAGUCUCCUCCCACGCCACACGCACUUCCAGGUUCUUGGCCUCGCGAUGAACUUUGAAGAUUGUUUUAACUUCCGAGCUAUUUUUGUGUUUCUCGUAUCACCACGUGCCCAUCAGGUACUAAACAGAUAACACAGAAAUACCUUCGGAGUAUCUAACAUGCAAUAUAAAUUGUUUCUGGUCGCAGAGACCCAUCCUGAUUAUCCUCAUAAGCCGGCACUAGUAGCAUCGAAGAAACGCUAUUGACAAUGAGAUACCUUCCGCUCGCGCUACUUCCCGUUGUUUAUGCGCAGCAACAUGCAUUCGAAGCCCAACAGCAGGAGCCGUGGGCAGCAAAGUACGGCGCACAGACUGACCUCGGUUACACAGGACCUCUGAGCUACUCCCACCUACCCUAUGCAUAUUGCCUAGAUGAUCCAUCGACAACCUUUGACAUAGCUGUUCUCGGCAUGCCAUUCGACACGGCAACUUCUUACAGACCGGGAGCACGCUUCGGGCCAUAUGCAAUUAGAUCUGGCUCGAGACGUCAAUCCGCUGUGGCCGGCUACGCGCUGAACUGGAUGACGAACCCGUACACCCGAGCAAAAGUGAUCGAUUGUGGAGAUGUUCCUGUCAGCCCCUAUGACAACGCAUUAGCCAUUGAUCAAAUGGAAACUGCCUAUACCACGCUCUUGGCACGACCCGUGAAUGGAAGCGCUAGUGCGCGCACCGCAAAUCUUGCGCGUGAUGGAGUGGAGCACCCCCGUAUACUGACAUUAGGCGGAGACCAUACCAUCGUACUUCCAAUUCUUCGAUCUCUUCAUCAGGUUUAUGGGCCUAUCUCUGUCAUUCACUUUGAUGCACACAUCGACACCUGGCCAAGCUUAGGAGGCAUCACCCAGCAGUCCAAGGUUACGCACGGAACCUUUUUCUCUUUGGCAUUCGAGGAAGGACUUAUGUCCAACACCAGUAUUCACGCUGGAAUCCGGAACAAACUGCAGGGCCCUGAGCUGAUCGAACACGACGAAGAAGUUGGCUUUGAGCUUAUCAUGGCUGAUGAUAUCGACGACCUUGGAACAGAUGAGAUCAUUAAGCAUAUCCGACAACGCGUCGGCAAUUCACCUGUUUACCUGAGCUUUGACAUUGACACCAUCGACCCUGGUCAGGCACCUGCAACUGGUACACCAGAACCCGCUGGAUGGACGGGUCGAGAAACCAAGCGAAUUCUUCGAGGUCUUGCUGGAUUGAACUUUGUCGGGUCUGACAUUGUUGAGGUUGCUCCAGCAUACGAUAACGCCGAUAUCACUGGCAUCCUUGCUGCUGGCCUUGCAGACGACUUCCUCGCCUUGUUCGUUACGGACGAGCCUCCUAAGCGGCAAGAAAAGCAAAAGCGAACCCUCACUGAUGAACUCUAAAAUCCAAGACACGAAUUGCUGUCAGCAUUCGGUUCAUGUUAGACCAGCCACUGUUUCGCUAUAGAAUACAGAGGGUAUCUAAAUAAAGUCCUACAGCCAAUCAUGAUACGGUCCGUAUGACAAAAAUAUGCAGUAUAUACCAACUCAAUG